CUCUCCUUCCUGCCCUGACUCAGCCGCUCUUACCUACCUGGGACUGCAGGUGUUAAUUUAGGGGCCCCUAGGCCCUGGUCUUAAUAGGUGCUGGGAGCAGAAACAUGAGAUCCGGGAGCCUCCUUCUUCUGGUGGCCCUCCUGGCUUUGGGAAACCAGCUGCCUGCUGCCGUGGGCAGAAGGAAGAUCGAGAAAUCGGGGGGCUGCCCGCCGGAUGACGCGCCCUGCCUCUCCGUCCCCGACCAGUGCAUGGAUGACAGCCAGUGUCCGUCCACCAUGAAAUGCUGCUCCCAGGCCUGCUUCCGCCAGUGCGUCCCCAGGGUCUCAGUAAAGCGGGGCCUCUGCCCCCAGGACCCCCUGCACUGCAUCAGCCCCGUGCAGCACCUCUGCCAUCGUGACUCCGACUGCUCGGGCGCCAAGAGGUGCUGCCUGGCCGCCUGUGGCAGAGACUGCCGCAGCCCCCUCAAAGGCUAAUUCUGGCUCCAGAUGCAAGGCUGGAUCUCAGGAUGGGGUCCCCAGCAGGAGGAGGUGACUACGGGGUCCAUCCUCCCAAGCCAGUGACUGAGUUGUCUCCACAUGACUCCAGAGGACACUCCCCCCUCACCCCUGCCUGACUUGGCCCCCACCAUGUCACUUCUGUGUCCGGGGUCUCCCCCUUCCAGCUCCCCCUCAAGCAGGCCCCUCCCGGGGAGCCCUGAUCGCUCUCACCAAGCACCCCCCACACACACUCCAGACCUGUUCUAAGCAGUUUUCUGAACAUCAGUCCUCCAGUCCUCCGGUGAUUCCCCCCUACCCCCUCCUCCUGGA